AUGCUACUCAGGAGAGGAAUUUUAAGAAAUGGAAUAGGAGGAAAUCUGGUGAAAAGACACUUUUCAACGAAGAACUAUGUCACUAAGGAUGCAACUAGGUUCGUGAAGGAUGGCAAGAGGAUCCAAGUUGGUAUCUGGCUGUUAGGAACAAGCUUCUGUGUGUUUGCAUUGACUACGAGAGGAGGAUAUACUCGGAAUAUGAGGUUCGGGAUUCCUACGAUUCAGUGGAAAGGUAGCGGAAACACCCCGAAAACUGAUGAACAAUGGGAAGAGAAGUAUGAAGAGUUUAAGAAAUAUCCAGAGUAUACCGCUAGAGGCAAACCUACCACUCUUGAGCAAUUUAAACAAGCUUGGAUAUUGAAUAAAGCUGGCAUGAUCUUUGGUCCAGGAGCUUUUCUCGGCCAUGCAUUACCAAUGGCUUACUUUUUGGCCAGAGGAUAUUUCAAAGGACCAAUGAAAAAGUUCUGUGCGAUCUACACUGGUCUUGUUGCAUCUAUUGGAUUCCAAGGAAUGUACAUGGAUAAGAAAAGGCCAGGUGCAGUAGAAGGUGCACCAACUCCAGCUAAAGAUAAGCAUCAAAAAGCGAUUCACUACACUCUUAUAGGAGCUUAUUUUGGAUACGGGUUCUGGAUGGCACUAAAUAUGUUAAGGGGCUCACCCGAUCAUAUUAAAAGACUUGAUAGAUUCUUUGCUUAUAAUUCCUUAAGGAAGCACAUGACUUUUUCAACUCAUUUCUUCUUUACCUUGGUGCUCUUGUCUGGAUUUUUGACUGCAGGAACCGGAAGUGGAAGAAGUAUCACAACGUAUCCAAAAGUUGGAGAUAAGUGGGCUCCUGCGAUGUCAGAUCUUGAUCAAGACUCUUCGUUCUUGGAGAAUAUCUUAAACAACAACAAACUAAUCCAAUUCAAUCACAGAACAUUAGGAUUGAUCAUGACUGGAGUUGUUGGUAUUCAAUGGGUUCUCUUGAUGAGGACCAAACUAGGAUUUAUGGGCAAACUUGGGUUAACUACACUUUUUGCUCUACUUCUUGGUCAACUACAUAUCGGAAGCUACAUGGUAACUCAUGGAAUGCAACCAGAAAACACCAUGACUCAUGCUGGAAAUGGGUAUUUAAUUUUUGCAACUAUUUUAUACCUAAUGCAUCUCUGCAGAAAGCCAAAUCCUGCUGUUAUUAAAAAGAUUGCUGCUCAAUUCAAAGAAAGAAAUCCUGGAAAAUAUGAGGCUUUCACAAAAAGAUAUGCCUAUGAAAUGUCUAAAGUCCCAAAAUAG